AUGUCGGCUGCCGAACAGGUUCAAUUGUCCAACUUUUCCAACAUCUUUUCCCUCGAUGGAAAGGUCGCGGUCGUCACGGGCGGCUCGCGUGGGUUGGGACUGCACGCUGCCUCGGGACUUUUGCAAGCGGGCUGCUCGAAAGUCUACAUCACUUCCCGCAAGAAGGAUGCCUGCGAUGAAGCCGUCGCAGCUCUGAACGCACUACCUAACAAGCGGCCGGGCGCUCAAGCCAUCUCCGUGCCAGCAGAUAGCUCUCGCAUGGAAGAACUGGAUCGUCUGGUUGCUGAAAUCGCCAAGACGACUGACCACGUCGAUAUCCUCUUCGCCAAUGCCGGUGCCACCUGGGGUGAAAAGUUCGAUACCCACCCCGAGAAGAUGUUCUCCAAAGUGAUGGACCUGAACGUGAAGAGUAUUUUCUAUACUAUUCAAAAACUUGCACCCCUUCUCACCGUCAAGGCCACCAUCGACGAGCCUUCUCGUGUCAUCGUCACCGCGUCCGUUGCAGGCAUCGGGAUCGGUUCCAUCGGCGACAACGCCACGCCUAGCUACUCUGCCUCCAAGGCAGCUGCUAUCCAUCUUGCUAAGAACCUAGCUGUUGAGUUGGGUCCCAGACACAUUCUCACUAAUGCCAUCGCGCCGGGCUUCUACCCGUCCAAGAUGGCGACUGGUCUUAUCAAUGCCAAGGGUGGCAUGAAGCAUUUAGAAGAAUACUCGCCCAAUGGCCGAUUGGGUCGCCCUGAGGAUAUUGCGGGUUUGGUGGUCUUCUUGGGAUCGCGGGCCUCGAGUCAUUUGAAUGGCGCUGUGAUUGCGACUGAUGGUGGUGCCGUACUGAAGGGGAGACUGUAG